UUUUUUUUUCUCCUACCUAGAAUCUUUUUUCCUUCGGGACAAACAAGAUAUUUCAAAACUACCUAAACACCCACUGGAUUUUUCUCCUCUUACCGAAUUCGAUAAAUCAUUUCGUACUCGAUUGUCAAAGAUUUACUCGCAAUUCUAAUCCGGUACAAGGUAAACGGGCUCGCGACGUUUCCUGACCUCCCCCGCAGUCAAAUAUCAUUUUUAUUUGUUUACCUUCAGUCUUGUUCCACACAUCCCAGCAAAGAUGAGCGUAGUCGGCGUUGAUUUCGGGACUCUUAACACGGUUAUCGCAGUCGCCAGAAAUCGAGGUGUCGAUGUCAUUACCAACGAAGUCUCAAAUCGAGCUACGCCUUCCCUAGUUGGAUUUGGCCCCAAGUCUCGAUACAUCGGUGAAGCUGCAAAGACGCAAGAGAUCUCCAACCUCAAGAAUACCGUUGGCUCUCUCAAGCGCUUGACCGGUCGAAGCGUCAAUGAUCCCGAUGUCCAGAUUGAGCAGAAAUACGUCUCGGCCCCUCUCGUUGAUGUCAACGGCCAAGUUGGUGCCGAAGUGACGUACCUAGGCAAGAAGGAGAGGUUCUCGGCUACUCAGCUGACGGCUAUGUUCCUAAACAAGAUCAGGCAGACAGCACAGAACGAACUGAAAUUGCCUGUUACUGACCUCGUCAUAAGUGUACCUGCGUGGUUCACAGACGCCCAGCGAAGGGGUCUUCUGGACGCGGCUGACAUUGCUGGUCUCAAAAUCCUCCGUGUGAUGAAUGACACUACUGCUGCCGCUCUUGGUUACGGCAUCACAAAGCUGGACCUGCCUUCAGGCGACGAGAAGCCUCGCCGCGUGGCGUUUGUCGACGUUGGCCAUGCCGACUAUUCUUGCUCGAUUGUCGAGUUCAAGAAGGGCGAGCUGAGUGUCAAGUCUACAGCAUACGACCGCCAUUUUGGUGGACGAGACUUUAACUUAGCCUUAGUCAACCACUUCCACAAGGAGUUCAAGGGUAAAUACAGAAUUGAUAUCACGACUAACCCUAAGGCUAUGGUCCGCGUCGAAGCUGCCGCCGAGAAGUUGAAGAAGAUCCUCUCUGCUAACCAACAAGCGCCUAUGAACAUUGAGUCGCUAAUGAACGAUAUCGAUGUAACGGCUAUGAUUACCCGACAAGAGUUCGAGGCAUUGGUGGAGCCGCUAUUGAGCAGAGCUACGAUACCGUUAGAGCAGGCCCUUGCAGAAGCCAAGCUCAACAAGGAAGAUAUCGACGUAAUCGAGCUAGUUGGCGGUUGCACACGUGUCCCUGCUCUCAAAGAGCGGAUCCAGUCAUUCUUCGGAAAACAGCUUUCGUUCACUCUUAACCAGGACGAAGCCGUCGCUCGGGGUUGCGCUUUCAGCUGCGCUAUCCUCUCGCCGGUCUUCAAGGUCCGUGAUUUCUCCGUCCUGGAUAUCGUCAACUAUCCUAUCGAAUUCUCUUGGGAGAAGGAUGUUGAUAUUCCGGAUGAGGAUACGAGCCUUACCGUCUUUAACAAGGGUAACGUUCUUCCUUCGACGAAAAUCCUAACCUUCUACCGCAAGCAGCCAUUCGACCUGGAGGCCAGAUAUGCCGACCCCGAACUGCUGCCUGGAAAGAUGUCUCCUUUCAUCGGCCGGUUCUCUGUCAAGGGUGUCAAGGCUGAUCCCAACACCGAGUUUAUGAUCUGCAAGCUCAAGGCUAGAGUCAACAUCCAUGGUGUUCUUAACGUGGAAAAUGGAUACUAUGUUGAGGAUGUGGAGGUUGAAGAGGAAGUCAAGGAUGAGGGAGAUAAGAAAGAUCCAGACGCGAUGGAUACCGAUACCAAGAAGGGAGAUGACAAGCCCAAGACUCGAAAGGUCAAGAAGCAAGUUCGCAAGGGCGAUCUGCCUAUUGUUGCUGGCACCACCUCAUUGGACGAGAGCACCAAGAACGCAUUAAUGGAGAAGGAGGCAGCAAUGCUUAUGGAAGACAAGCUUGUUGCUGACACGGAAGAGAAGAAGAACGAGCUGGAGACGUACAUCUACGACCUGCGUAACAAGCUGGAUGACCAGUACGCCGACUUUGCCAGCGAAGAGGAGAAGGAAAAGCUGAGGUCGAAGCUCACAGAGACUGAGGACUGGUUAUACGAAGAGGGCGAGGAUGCUACUAAGGCAGUUUACAUCGCUAAGAUGGACGAGAUCCGAGCCAUGGCUGGUCCUAUUACGCAACGCUAUUUCGACAAGGUAGAAGCAGACCGUCAAGCCCUGCAGGCUAAGCUUGAUGCCGAAGCUGCUGCUAAGAAGGCCGCCGAGGAGGAGGCUCGAAAAGCAGCUGAGGCAGAGAAGGGAGAGGCUACCAAGGAUGAGGAAAUGACCGACGCAGACGCUCCCAAGGCCGAGACUGAAGAAGCUUAGUCGUAGAGUCGACGAAGGGUACUUUCCUCUCAGUGAAGGUACAAUAGAUGGAACCGGUCCCUUGGCGAUCAAAUGAUGUGUGCAUGAUGAGGACCAAAAGAAAAGAUUUUUAAUGACUGCAUGGUAGGGCGGUUUGACGGAUACUGGACAUGGGCAUCGUUCGGGGGUGUUCUACUGUUAACUCCGCGGUGCUUCACGAGGAAUAGAAUUUCAUUUUGCGGACGGAGGGGGGCGGUUUUAGCACGCAGACUUUAGAUAUACCAGAUAACGAAGGUUAUUUGAUACGUUUGCAUUGCUUGUUCAA